AUGCACUACCGUUACGCUACCGACAAGAAUACUGCCAUCAUUGGCUUGGCGCAAACUGCAUCAUACGUCAGUGUAUGUGUUUCACCUUCGCCUUAUCGUCAACAACACAUACCGUCAUAUAAUGACAAGUUGUCAUGCCUUCGUACAUGGACGGAGCGACGGAGACGAUCCCAAGACGUUAAUCUCGAUGGUCGCAUCCUACUCGUUGAUUUCAACACGCUUUCCGCGGAGAAGAGGUGGGUCGCCGCCUAUUCUGAUUACGGCAACCAGCGAGCGCAUACAUGUGAGAUAUGGGGCCGUAUUUCUAAUCACAAUUUUGGAUUCAAAUCCUGGCGGUGCUCUCGGGCGAAGAAUCGCGGUCGAGGACUUCGCCUUGUAAAGUUGCGGGCCAAAUUCGGAAAUCCAUCCUCAUAUCUUGAACAACUCUCGUCGCUAUGGAAAGAUUCGUCAUGGUAA